AUGGGUCGUCGUCCAGCUAGAUGCUACAGAUAUUGCAAAAACAAACCAUACAUCAAAUCUAGAUAUUGUCGUGGUGUACCAGAUGCUAAAAUCAGAAUUUUCGAUUUAGGUCGUAAGAAAGCAUCAACUGAUGAAUUCCCAUUAUGUGUUCAUCUCAUCUCCCUCGAAAAAGAACAACUUUCAUCAGAAGCCAUUGAAGCUGGUCGUAUUUCAUGUAACAAAUACAUCUCAAAGACUGGUGGUAAAGAUUCAUUCCACAUGAGAGUCAGAGUUCACCCAUGGCACGUAUUACGUAUUAACAAGAUGCUUUCAUGCGCUGGUGCAGAUAGACUUCAAACCGGUAUGAGAGGUGCCUUCGGUAAACCAAUGGGUACUGUUGCUCGUGUUAAUAUUGGUCAAAUCAUUUUCUCCAUCAGAACCAGAGAUAAUAUGUUAGCCAACGUUGUUGAAGCUUUACGUAGAUCUUCAUACAAAUUCCCAGGUCGUCAAAAGAUCGUUGUCUCAAAGAAAUGGGGUUUCACCGCCUACAAUCGUGAAGCUUACCAAAAAUUAAAAGCUGACGGUCGUUUAAUGAACGAUGGUGCCAACGUUAAAGUCAUCACCAACCACGGUACUCUUGCUCAAUACGCCAAAGAUAUCGCUGCUGCCAACUAA